AUGGCGAGAAGCCGAAGAAUCAGUUGCAUCCCCCUCCAAACCGCCAAAACCGUUACUUGCUCAUUUGAUUCCGCGGUAAUUCUUUCGAAUUCGAGAGCUCGACAGUAUGCCAUCCGAAACUCACCAAAGGGCAUUGUCCCAGCCAUGGAAAGAAUGGUUCUCGCUUUUAAACCCACGUGUAGUAGCUUGUUCAAGAAACACACUUUCAUAUCUCAGCUGCGCAUCCGAGCAGGCUAUUUGACACGAAUGUGGACACGCAUGUAUCGCACACGAGUAUGUAGACCUGUGACAAUAUUCAUGAGCAACAAUGAAAGGGAUAUUGAAGGUCAGACUCGGAAUUCUGAACCGGUUGAAUCUCGACGUAUAAUGAGACAUUGGAAGAAAUUGAAGCUGUCCAUGUUCGGAGUGGGGAACCUACAGCAGGAAUCUUUCGCUCUGGUCUCUCCAGUACCCACUGCAGCGCACGACGGCAAUGUGUCAAACAGCGCCGCUCAGGCGCCGACUUCGUCUUUGUACUUGGCCGCAAUUAACCUCCUUUUUGAUCUAAACGACGCGUUCAUUGAAAAAUGGCCUGGAACUAGGCUAUUUCUAGCUCAUAUUGAGAAGGAAUUAUCUUCUUCUAUACACCGCCAAGUGGAUGUCAUGAGGCGGCUCCUAGGCGAUUCAAAUUGUGAUGAUCAAGCCAUUGCAUGGAAAUGGUGUUUCGCCGUCAUCAACGCCCUUGAGGAUUUUGAAGAAGACAAAGUCAGUAUUGGAGACGUCUUGGACAAAGUGUCCUCGGUGAUUUACGCUCGUUCAGUGGAAAUAUCCCCCGAAGAGUUUGAUCAAGUCCACCGAGCCAUCUUUGCCGUGCUUUGCUUGACAUCGAUGAGCUUGAAACCAGUUGCAACUCCAGACACUUUACCGACGAGCUCAAGUAUACCAAGUCCCUGGGUAGAGGGCUCUCGGCAAACGCUAUCAAAGCAUGCAUUGAAACGGCCAAUUAUCAAGAUUUUCAAGACCUUCAAGCCAAAUACCGAAAUUGUGCAGCAAAAUACGGCGGUCACCUCACCUCCAAACCCAUCAGAUGUUAUACAUGAGUCUAUCGUCAACUGUUAUUCACUGCAGAGAAUUGGCCGUGUUCGGUUGGAGUGGGUAGAUGUGAUCACCAACCACCUCAAGUUUGACCCCCAUACGCGGACCUUGUCCUUAUUCCGAUUUCCUACCUUCUGCCUUGCCAGCGUUAUAAGCCGAAAGGACCCUGCAGUAAUCAUGAGCAUCGCUCCAGAGAUACUCCUACCACAGCUUGAGCAUGGCGCCGACGACCCACUGUACACUACUUCAGCUGUUCAUCGGGAAAUUUUGUUGUCCUUCCGUCUAUUGUUCGCUCAGUCACAACAUUCUCGCAAACUCGCCGAGAAACAGUUGCGUGGGUCCAGGUCUGAAGCAGACGUGGAUCCUCUCCUCUUCACACUCUGCACGUCGCCUCUCCGUCCAUUACAGCGCGAGUCAAAAUUCCCGCGAGACAUAUUUCCGUAUUCAACCAUGAGUGCAGACGGAAAACUGCAAGAAUCAGACACGUAUUCCGCCACAGAGGAUUUUACAUUCUUUGGAUCUCGACUCAUUUCCCUGCAACGCUAUAAUUCACGGCAACAACCCAGCAAGCGGCAUCAUCAAAUGGGGAUGGACCAUAAUGCGGAAGUUCCGUUGCAAUGGGAAUCAUCAAACUUCAGUCUGUUACCAGUCUUGCGCCAGCAGCAGAUCUACCUGACAAUAACAGUGAAGUAA